UAUUAUCAUUGACAUCUUUUUCUUUAUAAAAAAAAAAGAGUCUAAUUGAGCAGAGCUUUGAUAACCAGAAUAAUUCAGUGCUUGAGAAAAACAGAAUCAAAGUUAAUUAUAGUUUUGUGUUCAAAAAAAAAAAAAAGUUAAUUAUAGUUGACGUAGUCAGUGCUUAAGAGAAAAGGAAUGAAAGUUAAUUAUAGUUGACGUAGUAAGCAUGUGACCAAUCACAGUAAAUCCAAGAGAAAACCCAAAAUAAACGAUUAAGUGGAGCCUGUAGUUCUACAAUAGUUCUCGUACUCCACUAAAAUCUCAGCCGUUGAUAGAUUCACGAGUGCAAUCCUGCGGUCCUAAUAAAACCAAAAAAAAAGAACUGGGGACAACAAAAAGAUCCUGAGUGCAAAGUUCUUCUCCUCCUCAUGGUUUAGGGAAAACAUUAAAGGGCUUCGUCUUCACUCUACUCAUCAGCAAGAGGGGCCCCUUGUGUUCUUUGAUUCCGUUUCGAUUUUCGUGCCGCCUUUGCUCACUUCGACCUUUACCUCUUUGUAGGUAUCCUGGCCUCACAGAAGUGAUCCAGACUAGUCACGUGUUGCCACGUGUCGGUCCUCUGUUUCUGGCGAUGCCAAAAUGUUAAUUCCCCAGUGGCCGGGAUUCGAACCCAGGUGGCGGUACUCACAGCUAAGACAGAUACCGCAAGUUUCCAAACUCUUAUUGGGGUUCAUCAGGGCAGGAGCUGAUGAACAACCCUGUCCCCUAUCAGGUGGUCAGCUCUAGUGGUGGAUAUAUGUCUGGAUAUUGCAACGUUUCAGCCGUCUCAGCUCAUGGAAGGACUUCCCAGACACAGCCACCUGUCUCCACCAUGCCAAGUGACAGUUUGGCUAUGCAGUCUUCAUUGAUUAAUAAUCAUCACCCUCAGGAGUUUUCAGAUCCACUUGACGAGUUCUUUGAUUUCUCUCACCAUGUUUCUGCUCCUAAUCCACAAACAGAUGGUAGUGGAGUAAAGUUGGUUCCAUCCGUGGAGCUUCACGAGAAAAGCGAAUGGCAAACUUGGGCUGAUCAGUUGAUGUCUGUUGACAAUGGUUCAGAACCGAACUGGUCUGAACUUCUAGGAGAACCAAGUCCACACAAUCCAAACUCACAGGUUCAGUCAUGUCAUGAUUUGCAACAGACACCGACACCACCAAGGCAAGAGAUAAUAGCUAACCAGCAGCAUCAGGCGGUUUCCUCGGAAGAGCAGCUCGGUGGUAGAAACUCAUCAGCUAGUGGAGCAACAUCUAAACAGCGCAUGCGUUGGACACCAGAGCUUCAUGAGGCGUUUGUUGAAGCUGUUAAUCAGCUUGGUGGUAGUGAACGAGCCACGCCUAAGGCUGUUUUGAAGCUCUUGAAGAACCCUGGCUUGACUAUUUAUCAUGUUAAAAGCCAUCUGCAGAAGUACAGAACGGCUAGGUAUAAACCGGAGACUUCAGAAGCUACAGGAGAACCUGAAGAGAAGAAGAUCACAUCCAUUGAAGAUAUCAAAUCUCUUGACAUGAAGACGAGCGUUGAGAUCACACAAGCUCUAAGGUUACAGAUGGAAGUUCAGAAACGUCUCCAUGAGCAGCUCGAGAUCCAACGGUCCCUGCAGUUACAGAUCGAAAAACAAGGCCGACAGCUACAGAUGAUGUUUGAGAAACAACAGAAGUUACAAGAGAACAAGAGCUCUUCCUCAGAGCUAUCACCAAAGCAAUGUAAUGGCACAUCUGCAGAAGUAGAGUUUGGGGUCGAGACGCAAACCAGGAACCAAACUGAACCUGCUUUAGCAUCAAGGAAACGGACCAGAGAAGAUUAGUAGAUUAAAAACAUGCUUAAGGUUGAUUUGUGGAAAACCAAGAGAUGCAAUAACUCCAGUUUUGUUUUUAAAGAAAAUUGUUUCUUACUAGCUCUGUGUUUUGGUCUGUUUAGGAAGCAGUUGCUUGUAACACAAGUGAAGUACUUAAUUAUUACAAAUGCUCUCUUGUACAUAGAAUAUUGGAUUAAUCUGAUCUGAUCUGAUAAGAUGCUGUGUAGGAUUAUGGUUCACUUAUCAUCAGCUCUGUAAUGUAUUUUUUUUUUGUUUGGUUUGUCCUAUAAAUCUAUAAUCCUAUUGUGUA